GGCUUCUAGAAAGUGCUAGAUUCUCCCUUCCAGUGUCACCAGCUGGGAGAGAGACUGCGAGUGGGGGCGGGCUGAAGUUGCGGAGUCUUGAGCUGGCGACACGCAGAGGUUCGGGGAGGAGCGAGAGCAGGAAGGAGGAGGCACGAGGGAAGAAAGGAAAGAUCGCGAAGAGAGGUGAAGAGGAGAGGAGAGAAGACCUGGGGCUCAGCUGUACCUAGGAGCCAAGGCUUGCUUAAAGGAGGAAACUGGGUCCUACAGGGUCCAGCCCACCAACACUGAGUUAUCGGGUUGAGGAGGAUUCAAAACACUCACCAGGAAUCCCAGAAAGGACCACGUCAUCAUGGCCUCAGUGUCCACUCAUGAAAACCAAGAGAAAAGCCCCCACCUGCCACCACUGGGCAAACAGAGCCUGUUGUUUUGCCCAAAAUCAAAACUUCACAUCCACAGAGGAGAGAUCGCCAAGAUUAUCCGGGAGUGUCAAGAAGAAAGUUUCUGGAAGAGAGCUCUGCCUUUUUCUCUUGUAAGCAUGCUCGUCACCCAGGGACUUGUCCACCAAGGUUAUUUAGCUGCUAAUCCAAGAUUUGGAUCAUUGCCUAAAGUUGCACUGGCUGGUCUGUUGGGAUUUGGCCUCGGGAAAGCUUCCUAUAUAAGAGUGUGCCAGAGCAAAUUCCAUUUAUUUGAAGAUCAGCUCCGUGGUGCUGGAUUUGGUCCCGAGCAUAACAGGCACUGUCUGCUUACCUGUGAGGACUGCAAAACCAGGCGUGGCUUAAGUGAGAAAGUGUCACAGCCUCCCGCUUCGUAAACCGUGUCUGUGGUUUUCAGUGAUUUUUAAGCCUCUGAGUUUGUACACGUUUAAACUUUCAUGUGUACUUUAAAACAAUACACUUCCGUUGAAACAGAAA